AUGGGGUUUCUCCUACACCCACGCCCAUUACUUCUCAUCGCGAUAUUUUUAUUCAUUGCGCUCGCUCUCUGCGGCCCAGUACCUCAAGGAACAGUUUGGGUAACGGAAACGUUAACAAGCACUGUCGGAGCGCUGGCGCCAACCUCUACCCCCGCUGCCGAUGUCACGACGUGCGUUGGAAUCAAAGGCAGGGAGACGACGGCCCUUGGAGUAAAGCUUAGGUUUCGGACCGAACCUUCUGGUCGCGGAACUAUUGGAAUCCUUGUCAGUUGUUCGGCCACUUAUAUCUUCUGCGUCUGGACCACUGUGGCUCCGGCUGUCAAUGAAACAGGGAAGAAAAGGCUCCGCAUAUGGUACAAGCUAGUCUUGACUUCUAUAGCCAUCAUAGUCCCAGCAGGUGUCAUGAUAUACGCGUUGGACGAACAUCGCCAGGCCAGCGAUCUGGUAGCUGCAUGGGCAAAGUACCUCGGGCCCGACCCGCCGAAAGAGGAGCCUGCCCAGGGCGGUGUCCUGGCCAAGAUAGCUGCAUGGGUAGAGCACCUCAAGAAUGGUUUCCUGGCCAUGGGAGCGCGCGUAGUUUCAUGGGCAAAGAACCCCGACUCGCUAUGGCGCAAGAAGCGCGACACGAGCUCGCAAGAGCAAGAGAUCGAGAAGAAGGGCGACUUCGUUCCGCUAGACAUCGGCGCUGCCUUUUUCGUCCUGAUGGGAGGAUUUAGGGUAGAGAACAACCGCCCGGAAGACUACAAGGAGAAGACGAAGAUAAGGUCACCAAAGAAGUUGGCCAUGGGCGGACAAGAUGUCUAUGAUCGCCCGAUACUCACCGCACACGGUUUCGUGGAAUAUAUCAAGGCCAACUAUAUCACCCCGAAAACCUUCAACCAGGCAGAUGUGCUAGACAAGGGGAAGGGGAGUAACAUUGCAAAGAUAUUUGCAGGUCUACAGGCACUUUGGCUUAUUUUGCAGUCGUUGGCGCGGUGGGCGGACAAUUUACCCUUGACACUUCUUGAGAUACACGUUCUCAUACAAAUCGUCUGUACAUCAGUGAUCUACUUUUACUGGUUCAGGAAGCCUUUGGACGUUGGUGUGCCCACUACGAUCCAUCUGUCAAAUCCUGAACGUCGACCCUUGAAUGCAGCUCAAAAGAAAGCCAAAGAGGACACCGUCAAAGCCAAAGUCGAAGCUGACGCCGCCAAAGCCGCCAAAGCCGCCGAAGCCGAAGCUGACGCCGCCGCCAAAGCCGCCAAAGCCGAAGCUGACGCCGCCGCCAAAGCCGCCAAAGCCAAAUCCAAAGCCAAAUCCAAAGCCAAAGUUCCAAAAGACAACGCUGAAGCCGAACUAGCGCAAGCUCAGGCUCAACCUCAGGCUCAUGCUCAGACGCAAGCUCAAACUGGAGCCCAAACAUCUUCUCAAAGAUAUUCUCGCGGAUUCGAAACCCCCGAACCCUCUAGGCCUGAGAGUACCACCAGUCGUGCCGCUUCCCCUUCCUAUGCGGGCUCAACGGUAUACGGCGGCGCCAGCCGUGGCGGUUCCCCUGUGCCCGGGAUGAGUAAUAAUCUACCCGCGAGGAGUAAUACUGUGACCAGUCAUGGAACCACCCUCAAUAAUUAUAAUCGAGAUACCGAUGUCAUAAGCGCUAUCGAUCCUAACGCGGAGGGCGCUGGCGGAUCCGUGGCAGACUCUGGCAACCCCAAGGGAGACACUGUUAUCAAACGUGAGCACCUUGCCGAUAGGAAUAGUUUGUACAAAGAAGCGAUCCUGCUACCGCUCAAGACUGCGGAACAAGUUCAAACAACAUGGGCUCCAGUCACAGCAAAAGCUUUUCUUGAUGUUGUCGCCCACGUUCGGCCCAUUUACAAUGAUGAGAAGAAACCUGAUAAUAAAGCUCAAACUGAACAUGUUCAACAUCAACAUCAGGGUCAAGAUAAAAAUCAUAAUCCAGAAGAACCUACCCCCUCUUGCAAUUGGAAAAAGUUAAACCUGUCCUCCGAGGUCGCAUUCACCGCAAGGAUGGUCAUCAUACAGGGGUUCCUCGUUGUCCUCGUUUCUUCACUUCAUCUAGGUGCCUGGUUCACUCAAUUUCCGACCACUCUUGAGAUGUGGUUCUGGCGGGCCUCGUGUUUCGGUAUGAUUGGAUUCCCAACAUGGAUCGUUGCGGUUAUCUGUUUCAGCGACUACGACAAGGACAUGUUCGAUAUUCUAUGGCGCACUCAUCUCCGCGAUCCAGCCGAAACAGCUGCCGCACCAACCAGCUCCAAAAACGUUUUGUCGUUCGCUCUCAGAGAGAUCCACGACGCCAUUAGAAUACACAGUUUCGAUAAAAAAGACAGAAUCAAGUAUGAUAAUACAGAUCCUGCCAGCAAAAAAGAUGUUCUUUCCGGAUUGAACCCACGUAAAGUAAAGAUGGUACAGCAUUAUAUCAUGCUCUAUAGCUGCGUUAUUUCAGCAAUUAUCUAUGUCAUUGCUUCUUUGUUCAUCACGGUGGAGUCCUUCAUCUCCCUGCGGUGGCUUAGCGAUAAAGAUUUCAUGUCGCCACAGUGGAGUAAUUUCGUUCCUCACCUCUGA